AUGAAUAUGGUUCUAUUCCAGUAUAAAUAUCUGGACCGUUCCUCAAGGCACCGGCCAGGAACCGCGCAUACCUUUCACACAUUCGUUUACAUUCCAUCAUUGUUGCUCAGUCAGUGGGCUCACUCCGUCCAGUCUGCAACCACCCAUUUCGAGAAACCCCCAAUCAACAACUUCCUCUUAAGCAAAAUGCUGUCUUUCAAAACCACCCUCCUCCUCCUAGCCACCCUAGCCACAGACCCACUCCUCAUCUCCGCGACUCCAGUCCCCGACGCCUCGACCGAGACCGUCACCACCAUCGCCGCCCCCAACACCUCCCUCGAAGAACGCGGAACAGGUAUCUACCUCAAGGCCUACCACUCCGGCUCCUGCGACCGCGAUAUCGAAGCCGCCUCCGGCUGGGUAUGGGCCGGCCAAUGCAAGAACCUCGAGGCCGGCACCUACGGCGCGAAACCCAGCGACGUUGACUACCCGUGGCCGGAAAGCUGUGUGCUCAAGUUCUGGGAAAAGCCCAAUUGCCAUGGGAAGGCGGCGGUGCACCAUGUUGCGGAUUAUGAGCACAUCGGGAGUAUUAAUUGGGGACUUUUUGAUGGCUGGUAUAAUUGUUUUCCCGUGGCGAAUAAGAAGAGUAGUGGGUUUUAUUUGGGCGGUGGGGCUGCGAGUGUGCUUAUGACUUGUUGA